AUGCCUCCUCUCUCCCACCACUGCUACUACUGCGACUGCUGUAUCGAGAGGCACGACCACCACUGCGUGUGGAUCGGCACUUGUGUAGGAAGAAGGACCUUUCGGUCAUUCAUGCUGUUUAUACUGAGUCUGAACUUGUUGUACUGUGUGGUGAUGGGAUCCCAGGUUUUGGUGCUUGGGUGUGGAGGAAUGGAGGUGUGGGAGGUGGUCGUGAUAGGGGUGGAGUUGGGGGUAGGAGUGGUCUUGUGGGGGGUUAAUAGUGUUUAUUGUGUGUUUUUGUGAGGGUUGAUCUGGUAUGGGUAUACCUCAAAUCAGUACCUGACAAAAUCUUAUUCAGAGUUUGAGAGAAAUCCGUUUAGUUUAGGAUGUAAGAAAAAUUUUAAGAGAGUUUUCUGCUCUUCAAGACCUCCUUCACGAAUUGAUAGCAACAUUACAAACUUGCCACUAUUAAAAGAAUAUGGUGAAAUCAUAAUGAAAACUGAUUCCUCUCCAAAAAUUUCACCUCGAGACGAGUGCUACAAAGAGAACAACUCUAACAUAAUAUACCCCCAAGACAUAAACGACACUUUCAUCGAAAAUCUCCCCCCUCAACCCCAACACCGAUCAAGAGCCAACCAAACAAUCCUACCCAACCCCUCCAAACUAAACCACACAAACUUCUCCAGUAUCGGAAUCUCCAGAGACAACCUAUCCCCCCUCGACUGAAUACCUGAACUUUCUCUGAACUGUAUCACUGAGAAAGAUAGCAUGCAGGUUGAACUUCAGAGGAAGAAAUUUGUUAAGAGAAAAUAG